CUCCACAUUGCUGGGAAGGUGGGUUUCUGUCGACAGCGCCUCAUUGGAGCUGCUUCAUCUAAUGCCCCCUUGACAAAAAAACGGAAUUGAAAACGACAUGUUAAUGCAUCUGUUGAAGAAAAUAAAACAAAAACAUAGGAAAGAGGUGAAAGCUACUGAAAAGAGGUGAAGCUAUUAUGAGUUGCCAGAAUUCUGCACCUGAAUUAAAUAUGGGGCCCAAGCCCGGGCCAGGAAUCCCUGAGAAAAUAGCAGGUCUAAAUGCGGACAAAGACUGUGGCACAGGCCUGCUUGAAAACCACCUUGAAGUGAAUGAUUUUUUAAAAAUACAGAGGGCUUUUGAGUCCCUAGAGUCAAGGAAAACCAAUUGUAUGUCCAGAGAAGAGUUCAUGCAGAAGAUGACAGAGAUUGUUGGUUGGGGCACACAGGAAGAAUAUGGCGAGCUCUUUGAUAAAGUGGAUGUGGACCAAGAUGGCUUUAUUAAUUGGGACAAAUUGACUUCAUUUAUACUGUUAUCGCUUUAUGAGAAAGAUGAACGAGAAAAAGCAACUGUGGUUCCCCAGUGGAAGGACCUUGAAUUCCUCGAAGGAAAACACAAGGACACCAUCCAAAAAGUAAUUUUCUUAAAGAGUUCAAGUCGUUACAUAACUAUUAGCAAAGAAGGUUUGCUGGGAAUCUGGGGAGAGAAUUUAAAGCUCCAAGAAACACUUCCCAUCACUUCUGAUGCCACUAAGCUCAAACACCUGUGGGUGACAAGUCUGGUUUCCCUGGAAAAUGCAAACAAGAUAGCGGUGACAUUUACAAGCAAAGAGAUUUGUUUCUAUGAUCUGCUGUCUGAAGAAUUUCCUUGUCAAUACAAACUCCAAGGCCUGAAAGGAACACCAAUUUGUAUGGAUUAUUGGUACAAUCCUCUUGAUGCCAAUGAAUCAAUUCUUUCCUUAGGAGAUACAGCUGGAAAGGUUCGAGCAAUUGUUUUCACAGCAGCUUUGAUUUCCCUGUUUGAAAAGCCUGUUAGUACAUGGGAAGAUGAAGAAGCCACUAUGACCAUUAACUGGGAAGAACUGCUUUCUGGAUGUCACAGAUGUUGCCAUGUAUUAGAACACAAGCUUCAUCAUGGAGAUUGGGUGAGGCAAGUUAAUUACAAUGCAUCUUUGGACGCUAUCAUUUCUAGUACAACCAACAAUACAAAUACUGUGGUGCUGGCUUGGAGAGAGAAAUCAAAAAAGCAUCUUAAAAUGACAUCCUUCAACAUUGCCCAGGGCAUUCAUGCUUUUGAUUAUCACUCCCGGCUCAAUUUAAUUGCAACUGCUGGCAUUAACAAUAAAGUUUGCCUUUGGAAUCCUUAUGUUGUUUCUAAACCAGUCGGUGUCCUUUGGGGUCACUCAGCCAGUGUAAUAGCGGUCCAAUUCUUUGCGGAAAGAAAACAACUUUUCAGCUUCUCCAUGGAUAAAAUUUUGAGACUCUGGGAUAUUCAUCACCAACUGUCCAUCCAGAGGAUAGCUUGCUCUUUCCCCAGAAGUCAAGACUUCACAUGCCUCUUCCACUUUGAUGAAACCCACGGACAGCUUUUCAUCGCAUUUAAUAACCAACUAGCAUUAUUGGCAAUGAAAAGUGAAACGAGCAAGAGAGUGAAAAGCCAUGCAAAACCAGUCACUUGUGUUCUUUACAAUUCACUCUUGAAGCAGAUAAUUAGCUCAGACAUGGGGUCUACAGUUUCCUUCUGGAUGAUAGACACUGGGCAGAAAAUCAAACAGUUUACUGGUUGCCAUGGCAACGCAGAAAUCAGCACUAUGGCCCUUGAUGCAAAUGAGACCCGGCUUUUGACUGGCAGCACAGAUGGAACUGUGAAGAUUUGGGACUUUAAUGGAUAUUGUCACCACACACUAAAUGUUGGACAAGAUGGGGCUGUGGAUAUUUCACAGAUCCUCAUUCUUAAGAAGACAAUACUGGUUACAGGCUGGGACAGAGCUAUUACUGUGUUUCGACCACAGAAGUUCAAUCAGUUUUUCAUCCAGUCUGAAGAAUGGAAAGGAGGAAUCCAACACUACGAUGACAUCUUGUGUGUUGCAUUUUUACCUCCACAAACUCUUGCCACAGGGAGUUACGAUGGAGAAAUCAUUCUAUGGCACAAUAGCACAGAAAAUGCUCACCAUGUCCUUCACCCUUGUUACCAGAGGCUGUUAAAAAGAAAGUCAGAUAUGGAGCCGCAAAAGCUUUACAGUGCUGAACAAAGAGGCUCCACUUACCCCGUGGCAGACCAGGCUCCCUUGGCAGCCCGGACCUCUGAGACUGACACUGAGGGUAACAAUGCUGUUGUGAGGCUUUGCUUCCUUGAAGCAAGGAAAAACAUUGCAGCAACAGGCGGAGCUAAUCUGGUAUCAUGUGGAGGAUCUGGUUAUGUUAGAUUCUGGAAUACACUUAAGAAACAACUUCUGGCUGAAUUUUUGGCUCAUAGUGGGGUUGGAUCCAUUACCAUGUCUAUUGAUAAGCUGAAUCGAUAUCUUACCACAGGAGAUCUUGAUGGAUGUUUGAAAAUCUGGAAUAUAGAGGAAUACUGUUUUGAAUCAAAUAAGAAAAAAAUCACACAGACUCCAACUCUGAUCAGGUCCUUCCAACCUCAUGAGGACCAGAUAACUUCCUUGGAGAUGUGUGAGCGGGAUGCACAUUUACUGAUUAUCUCUGCCUCUACUGACUGCAGUAUUUGUGUGACUGGCAUCCAUGGUGCUCCUGUUUGGAUCUUGGGUCAGGCAAAACAUUGGCAUCUUGAAAAUUGUUUUUCUGUUCUUGAAAGAGAUGUGAAUUUAAUAGAAAGUGAGAGUCCAGAGGAAAGUAUGAAGGUAAACGCUUUAUAUUCUAAAGAGGAAUCAUGUUUAGAGUCAACUGAACAUUCACUACUUAAUACUCAAGAAAAAGAUGACUCAACAAACAUUUUCAGACCAUCUGAAGACAUAAAUUUAGGUAUAAAAUACAAGGAAAGAAAUAUCCAUAAGAAAAAAGCACGUAAACUUUACUAUGAUGAAAUUAUACAAAAAACAGCCAGCACAUUUAGGUCAUUAAGCAUCAGAGCCCUGACAGAGUUGCCUGAGGUGAAUAAACCUGCCUUUCUUCUAGACCCUGAGAAAUAUUUUAAGAAAGAGCCAGAGGAACAUCUCAGAAUUCCAGAGCUUCCUUUACUUUCUGAAACUUUGAAAGCUGUAUUUCAUGAGAAAAACCUGUUCCCCAAAGAAAUUCUGGAUCAAAAAAGAAAACCCAAGCAAUUAUGUCAAGAAACAACUUGUGAAGUGAAGAUAAAAAGAAGUAAGAAGCAAUUAUAAUUGAAAGAAAAAUAAAUAUUUCAUUGUCAUAUACAGUACUUACAUAAAAU